GUUGAGACAUCAUAGGAGGAAGGAAACAGCAGAGGGGAGAGGAGAGGGAAGAGAGGAACAACAUAGGAGAAGAAUUCAGAGGAAACAAGAAACGUUCUCUCUUCUCUCAUCUUUCCCUCUGUUCUUCCUUUCCCACGUUCGGUUCUGGCUGUUUUCAACGUCCUCACGUCCGGAGUUGCAGGAAGCUCAUUUCCUGCCGGACGUCCUGACUUAAUUCUGCAAUCGGUGAACCUGCCAAGGGGACUGGAAUUUACCUGGAUCCAUGGCUCCGAGCAAGUUCAGGAGAGCCCUUGGAGCUGUGAAAGACCAGACGAGCAUUGGGCUGGCCAAGGUCGGGAACAGCAGCUCGUUGUCAGACCUUGAUGUCGCGAUCGUGAAGGCGACCCGGCACGAGGAGUUUCCUGCGGAUGAGAAGCACAUCCAGGAGAUACUGAGCCUGACGUGCUAUUCACGGGCCCAUAUCAGCGCAUGCGUCAGCAGCCUGUCUCGCCGGCUCAACAAGACCCGGAACUGGACGGUUGCGCUCAAGACGCUCAUGCUGAUCCAGCGGCUGCUUGCGGAGGGGGACCCUGCCUAUGAGCAGGAGAUCUUCUUUGCCACGAGGCGUGGGACUCGCCUCCUCAACAUGUCUGACUUCCGGGACUCCUCGCGAUGGGACUACUCUGCAUUUGUGCGCACUUAUGCGCUCUACCUGGAUGAGCGGCUUGAGCACAAAAUACAGGGCCGGAGAGGGAAACGGAGCACGUUUGCAUGCGAUGAAGAAGAUCGAAAAGAAGCUGAUGCCAAUCAGAAUAAAGCCAUUAUAAAGGCCACACCGCUGCAGGAGAUGAAAAUCGAGCAAUUAUUUUCGAAGUUGCAUCACCUGCAACAACUGCUGGAACGCUUCCUGGCCUGUAGGCCAACAGGUGGAGCCAAGAAUAACCGCGUCGUAUUUGUGGCUCUUUACCCGAUUGUGAAGGAAAGUUUCCAGAUAUAUUAUGAGAUGACAGAUAUAAUGGCCAUCUUAAUUGACGGAUUCGCAGAGCUGGACGUGCCCAACUGCGUAAAGAUCUAUGAGAUGUUCACGCGAACUGCAAAGCAACUUGAACAGCUCGAUUCUUUCUACAGUUGGUGCAAUAGUGUGGGCCUCGCCCGCUCCUCGGAGUAUCCAGAAGUAGAAAGGAUUACCCAGAAAAAGCUCAACCUGAUGGAUGAUUUCAUCCGGGACAAGGCCACACUGGCGCAGGAUAAUAGAGCCAUGAGUUUGGAACCCAAGAGUGAAUCCGUACAGGAAUCGAGUAGUCAACCUGAAACUGGGGAAGAGGACAUGAACUCUAUAAAGGCGUUGCCCCCUCCUGAGGGUUUCACUGAAGCCUCGACUCAGGAGGAGAAGCCAGAGGAGGAAAAGAAUGAAAACCUACAACUAGCAGUUGUGGAAGCUGACCUGUUAAACCUCGGAGAGGAUGCAGUGAGAACUCCCGAGCAUGGGGACCAGUUGGCUCUAGCCCUGUUCGACGGGGCGGGACCAACAACAGCAACAUCAUUGAGCGGCCCAGCAUGGGAGGCAUUCAAUGAUAACACGCCCGACUGGGAGAAUGCGCUGGUCCAGUCAGCGAGCAGACUGUCUAACCAACAGACAGCCUCAAUGGGUGGUGGGUUUGAUAUGCUCCUCUUAAACGGUAUGUAUCAGCAAGGAGCAGUAGCCACUGCUGCAGCAAGCUCGCAAUAUGGAGGCAGCGGAAGUGCCAGCAGUAUCGCACUCGGGUCAGCCGGAAGGCCUGCUGCAACACUGGCCCUGCCAGCACUGCCAACAGGAGGGCCCAACAGCCUGCCCCCCAAUGCAGACCCGUUUGCACCCUCACUUGCAGUGGUGCCACCACCGUACGUGCAGAUGUCUGACUUGGAGAAUAAGCAGAGGCUACUGAUGGAGGAGCAGCGGAUGUGGCAACAGUACACCCAGAACGGGAUGCAAGGGCAGCUCGGAUUCUCGAACCUACAAGCUAACCCUUACAACAUGGGAGGAUACACGAGAAGCUACUGAAGCAGUAAUAAUCGUGCAAACCCUGUUAGAUGUUAGCUUGGCUAGUCGGUUGAUUGUGGAAGAACUAUGUUCGACUAUGUAAAAUAAUGUGUCGGGUUUGCGAUCCUUUAAACUAUCCAAACUUGUUCUAGUUCAGUUCUCAUGUAACUCCGGUUUUACUAUUCAGGUGCUUCAUAUGGG